CGAAGAGCAGCCACCCGAGGAUUUUACAAGAACCCUUUUGCUGCCCGAACUCUAUCGCCAUCCUCACUUCGUACUGCAGAUUCGCCACCAGCUAGCUGUGUCUGCACAUGAGACCUUUACGGCAGAUGGGCUCAGAAGAAUGAGCCAGCAAAGAUGCAUACCAUGGACACUUAUCUCCUGAAGGCCGCCGUCCUCUACGCGCUGUCUGCCACCCAGCAGACGACCACGCUUGUCGACGAGUUCCUGCAGAACACCUCCUUCGCCAACUCAGACUUGGACCCCCUCGCAUACGAGCUGCUCGACCUGCGAACACCUCUCGAACGCCUGGGAGACUCCGAGAUCGUGAUACCGACCCGCCUCCAGCCCCCGAUCCUCGCAAUAGUCCGCGGGUGCGGAGAUGCGCUCGCCCGCGUCGAUGCUGUGCUUCAUGAGUGCGCCGAUGGCCCACUACGGGAGGCGCUCUGGGUGGCCAAGGUCCCGGAGGUACGGGAUUUGAAGGAUGGGCUACAGACCUGCCGACGGGCGCUGCAGCUCGCCCUGGAAGUUGUGAACUUGGCGGCGGCCAAGGAAAUCGGCGCCGACGCGGAAUCUUUCUCAACAUAUCUCGACCAAGACACGUCCAGAGUGUUGGCCCUCAUCCGCCGGACUAUCCAGCAGGCCCAAGAAGGCGAGGAUCGAGACGGCCUGAAUGCGACUCUGAAGAAGUCACUUGAUGAUAUUCGCCUUUACGUGCAGUCGCUGUGCAGGUCAGAUACGAGAGAAAAGGCGUUGCCGAUCACUCCCCCGACAGUAAUGAGGAAGCCAGCGAUAUUGGAAAAUAAAGAGGAUACCUCCACGAUCAUCAUGCCAGUGAUGUCCCCAAAUAUCGAUUCAGAGAGCCCGACAAUAUCUCCGACGUUCCUCGGCAGCGGUUUACGACCGGCAAAGCGAUUGAGCAGUGCAUUUGGCAGAUGGUCCCUCGGCUCUACCAGGAAAUCCAACACUGCUUCAACUAUGAAAUCAACAGCCAGCUCCAUCGUCUCUCGACCAUCUUCAGCGAUGUCGUCCGUCCACGCACCAGCCGAUGACGAUGCAUCAUCGAUCAGCAGCGCGCCAAUAACGCCCGGUGCCUCUCGUCAGGCAUCAUACACUUCUCAUGUAUCCUCACACCGUUCGAAAAACUCCUUCCGCUCAAGCAUAUCCAGCCGAGGCUCUCGAGCUCCCCGGAUGAUCUCGCCAACUUCGAACCCGAAUUCUAGUUCGCUCUACCCACCCACCCCUCCUGCAAAGAAUCCCCGGCGGACAACGCUGUCAUCUAUGAAUGAGAGUGUCGAUGGGCACCCGUCCCCGCCGACUCCAAGCGACAGCUUCUCGACAACUUUCAAGGUCUUCGAUCAGCUCUCCAUUGCCGGCUCUACCGCGUCGCAUUCCUCUGACCGUCGAGAAUCAGAGGGCCUUGCGCCUCUUCCGCUUUUCGCCGUGAGCCCACCCGACAAGAUAUAUAUCGAUCCCAGUGAGGUGCCGGCCCGCUAUAAUCAGCCAAGGAGUACGCCCUUCACUAUACCUUCAAUCGAAUUGGCACGGACCAAGAUGCUGUCUUUCAACGAGAAAGGAUCAGGCCACGCCGUGACAGCAUUCCAAGUAGAUGUGUCGCCAGCAUCAUACAUCGUGGCAAGCAAGCACGGAGACAAGACGAUGAAGAUCUUCGGACUGCCACUAUCCAACGUCAUAUCAUCUAUCAAGGUCAACUUUUAUGUCUCGAUGCAGCCAAGGUCCCGGGACUUCUUCGUCAACAGCCACGCCAUCCUGUCCGAGACGAGUGCGCUGAUCGCAGUCGCCUCGGGCUUCGGGAACAGCCUGGAGAUCUGGAACUGGGAGCGCAAGAAGAAGCUGCAGUCCAUCGACGCGGCCUUCCGCUGGGCCGCCGUCAAGGCCGACAUCUACGACACAAAGACGCCACCACUGGCCUGCUACCGCGAGUCCGGCGACGCGAUCGACCUGUACCCGGUGACCGAGCAGAAAGCCGGCGGCAGCGAGCCCAACAAGAGCGCGGGCAAGAAGCCGUUCGGGAAACCCUUCUCCAUCGAGCUCUGCAGGGCCGGCAUGCCCCACGUCCCCAAGCUGCCGGAGCUGGCCUUCUCGUCGACGGCGCCGCUGCUGGUCGCGGCCGCGGGGCCCAGGCCGCCGCGCGGGGGCCACCCGCCGCCGCCGCACUCCGCCAUGCUGAUGAUCUGGGACCUCGACAUCUGCUGCCCGGCCGGCUACGAGGGGGCGAAGCCGAGCUCGCGCCCGACGAGGGUGUGCAUGCCGCGGCACGCGGAGCUCGAGACGGCGCUGCCGUGUGGGCUGGCCACGCACGGGGACCUGGUGGUGUCGAUCUGGAUACCCAACAACGUGCGGGUGAUCGGGCGCCCCGGCGCGUGGCAGGUCGAGCCUGUUACCGUACACGAGCGGUGGGUACUGGUGUGGGACCUAGCGGGCGACACGACGUCGGUGUUCCCCAUCCCGGACGAGAAUACCAUCGCGUGCAUCAGCCCGGACUGCCGUUAUGUUGCGUACCGGCAGGGCCCCGGGGCGGAUACGGGGAUGGGCGGCACGAAAAACUGUCUUGUGAUACUCGAUACGCAAAGAGGCGGGAGGGAGGUCUGGAGGACACCAACGUUCGGCGGGACGAUGGCCAUCGCCGGGGGCAGUGAGCAGUUAUUGGAUUUAUCCAGGGUCAUCUCGAUUUCCUUCUCUUCCGACAGCAAGACGUUCUUUGUGGGCGACGCUGAUGGCUCGGUGGGAGUUUAUGAGAUACGUGGAGGGGAUGGAGGCAGUCCAAACGCAGUCAAAAAACAGUGGUGAGUGGUUAGUUCUCGCUUGGACUUUGUCGAUUCAGGAACAGUGGCAUAUUAGGGUCUUUGUACAUACGGAGCGGCUUUCACUCGACGACCAGUGUAUCAGUAAGCAGCAGCAAAUAUCAAUUUGAUAUGAUAUCCGGUCGUGAUCUUUCAUCGACAAUGGAUACCCAUAAAACGGAAUUGCUCAUAAGAGAAGAAAAAAUUAUGUGAGUGGAUUUAUCAUCGCCAGGAACUUUGUCAAUGCCACACAGAUGGCCUCCAUAGAAGGCCAUUCGGCCACGCGAGUACGAAGAAUCAAGCCACUUGUUGAUAUCUAGCAACCGAGCUUCUCUGGAAGUGUGUCCCAAAAGUGGCCUGCCUAC